AUGCAAGCCACAAUUCCAGCCAAUAGGAGGCGAGACACCAUUGCAAAUACGGCGUGGUAUGGUAUAGGGAAGAAAGCGGAGGGGAGUGUCUCUGCAUUGGAAGAAGUACCCUUGGAUGAUGCGUCGUCACAUUACCAGCACCCCCCGGUGCCAUCAUUCCCCGUCAUCACCCCCGUCAUCACCCCCGGCCACCUCCCCCGACCAUCUCCCCCGGCCAUCUCCCCCUCAUCAGUCCCCGUCAUCUCCCCCUCACCCAACAAAAACCCAAACAACCACGCUCCCAAUAUCCCAAUAUCCCAAUAUCCCAAUAUCCCCUCACCACGCCUCCGCUUCGCCUCCCUCGCGAGUCAAUCGCUGGCUGCUGAACCAUUACCACCACCGCCUUAA